CUGUGCAGUGUAUUAUCCAGUAUCCACCUAUUUCAUUCCAAAUUUCAUUUCAUACCCUUUUCCAUAGGAGGCCAGGAGAUAAAGUGCUCAAUAAAACGCUACUCACGAAAUAUGACGCAACAGUGCAUUGACAGAAUCACUGAACAGACAGCAACCAUCAACAACAGCACAUAUCCCAUGAUAUUCCUAGAAGGCGACUCCAGAAUGAGGGCCAUCUUUGACUCCUUCGCAACCAUGAUUCUUGGGAAACCCAUCAGGACCAGUGAUUCGUACAUGCUUUUCAACUCCAGGUUUCAAAAAGACUUUGAAAAGUAUUUGCAGCACGUGAUGAAGCCAUGGGAGAAUGCCAAUGUGAAGAGUGCUCUUUGGAUGGACAUUCCACCCACUAAUCCACCCUUUGGGGAACCUGGGCUAAAUCAAGAAAUUCAAAGAUUCCUGUCGUCCAACCAUCCAAAAAUCGUCACUUGGCCCUGCAUGUGGACGGCGGUGGAAAACCUGAACGCCUUGGGAGAAGACGACGUUUUCUUGCCGGAUGGAUAUCACGUCAAUACGAAAGGAAACCGAAUUUGCGCCCACGUGCUACUCAAUUAUUUGUGCAACUCUUACGUGUUUCCGUCGACAAGUGAUGCUUGCUGCGUGUGA